GCUGGAGCACUUGAGCGCGCUUCCAAGGUCAUGGUUUGCCAUAUAUCAAAAUCUCCUCCCCCACAAAACUAGUCGAAAUCAAAGGAGCAUACUCUUAAUUAUCAAUACUAAUUAUCGGAACAACAGCUUCGGCCUGACUCAACACUCGCAGAAACCACCUGGGCUGGCUUUCUUCACCAUGGCCGCGACGGUAGCAACGGUUAUCGAGGCUGCACCCACGGCCAGCAUGCGGGCCGCACACCAAAACAGCCAGGCAGACCACAUGUUCAACCGCAUCAACAGCAGCAGCCAAAGCCACCAAGAUGACACUGGCCGCAGUCCCGCCACAGAGACAGGGACCCAACAUGACAGACUCGCUUCCGGCCCAGCCGCAACUGCAAUUGCGCUGAUCAUGAUUCCCCUCUGCCUCUCCGUAUUGCUCUCCUCGCUGGAUCUAACAAUGGUGACGCCGGCGAUACCGUCCAUCGCCGCCGAGUUCCAGUCCUCGUCGGGCUACAUUUGGGUCGGCGGGGCGUUCAUCCUGGGCAGCACAGCCGUGACUCCCGUGUGGGGCUCGGUGGCUGAUAUCUGGGGCCGCAAGCCCAUCAUGCUCAUCGCCCAAGUCUUCUUCUUCGCCGGCAGCCUGAUGUGUGCUCUAGCGCCCAACAUGGACGCCUUCAUUGCUGGUCGUGGCAUCCAAGGCAUUGGUGCCAGCGGCAUGGGCAUACUUGUGAAUGUGAUCAUAUGCGAUACCUUUUCGAUGCGAGACCGCGGCCUCUACCUGGGUAUCACGUCUAUCAUGUGGGCGAUUGGGACGGCGAUUGGGCCAAUUCUGGGUGGUUUUUUCACCACCAAGGUGCAUUGGAGGUGGUGCUUCUGGAUGAACUUGCCAGUCGGCGGCCUUGUAUUUCUCGUGCAACUAUCCUUUCUCAAGAUACCUGCGCCAAACACCCCUGUACUGGCUGGCCUGAAGGCAGUCGACUGGACUGGCAGCUUGCUCAUCGUCGGGUCCGCCUUGAUGGUCCUGCUCGGUCUCGAAUUCGGGGGUAUCACAUUUCCCUGGUCAUCUGCGGCUGUCAUUUGCCUCAUAACGUUUGGAACCGUCGUCUUGGGGGUUUUCCUCCUCAAUGAGUGGAAGCUGGCGAUUAAUCCGGUGAUACCCUUACGCUUGUUCACGAACCGUUCCACAGUGGCGGCCUAUCUUGUCUACGUUUGCAAUUUCUCCGUCUUGAUCGGUCUGUCUUAUUACCUCCCCCUCUAUUCUCAGUCCGUUCUGGGAGCCAACGCCCUGGUAUCUGGGCUUCACCUUCUUCCCCUGAUCGUGUCCAGCUCUCUUGCCGCCGCCUGCGCUGGGGUGUUCAUCCAGAAGACCGGCAUAUACCUUCCAAUCAUGUACGGCGCACAGGUCCUGCUCACCCUUGGUUCUGGACUAUUUAUGAACCUUGCGCUCGAAAAGAGCAUCACCAAGCUCAUCGUCUAUCAGAUUAUCUGUGGAGUCGGCGUCGGCUUCAACAUGGAGCCACCACUCCUUGUAGCACAGGCUACAGCAACAAGCCUUGACACAGCCGCGGUCAUUUCAACAAUGAGCUUCCUGCGGUCCAUAUGCACUGCAAUAGUCGUUGUUGUCGGUGGCGUUUUAUUCCAGGGCCAGAUGGUGGCGGAAAAUAGCGGGCUUUCUGCACAAAUCGGCCCGGAAUUGGCAUCUCAUUUCAACGGUGACCAUGCUACCGCGAGCGUGGAGAUCAUUGCCACUCUGUCAGUCGAUUCGCAAGACAUUAUAAGGCGUGUAUAUUUCAAGAGUUUGCGCGCAAUAUGGAUCAUGUGUUUGGUUGUUGCCGGAGUUUCGCUUGUCUCGAACAUUUUCGUACGGGCCCAUCACCUGAGCUCAGAGACCCAAAAGGCAAUUCUUGGGCUUGACAGGACACGGCAAGAAGAACACACACGGCAGCGACAGACUAACAGUCCUGCACCGGAUCGUUCUAUUGAACUCUCCCACAUCCGAGAAGAAGCCCUACGGCAACGUUCAUAAGGCCUGUCCGGUCCGGCAACCAGUACAUUCUGCACAAGGAGUGCAUCAUGAAUGACAGGCAUCGUAGAACCCUAGGAUGGGGCCACUGCUGGUUUUACAUCAUUGUCAGGGAGGGCGGGUUAACUUCCGCCAUCUGGAAGUAAAAUCUAUUACCACGAAAUUGGCUUCUUACACCUAUCUGGUAGCACUUGAGCCACCACGGCAACGUCUGGGGAGAUGCAUCAGAGAACCCUGAGUGGCAUAAUUCUCCUCAUCUGCGGAUGAGUCGUUGUGGUGAGCUAAGUAAAACACAAGUUCCUGAUGCUCUUGAAGGACUUGUUGGACUUAGCUGUUGGACCCACUUUGGAUUCAUUGGCCUGGCAACAUUCGCGGCAGAGAAGGGUGAAAAUAGCCUGUUUCGACCACAUCAUUGCAAGGGUAGGCUGGGCAAGUCCCAAUGAUGACGGAAGUGUUUCGGCGCCCGAGAGAGGGUGGAUGGAAGCGAUCAAAGAGCCUCGAUGACGGGCUGUGGUUCCCGAUAGACGACGUAGUUGUGGGUGUACCUGAGGGUGGGCUGUCGACUUAGCACCUCUAGAGCCCGUUUUCCUGAGUUGCUGGACCGCACAUGUCGAAUUAAGUAUUAUUUCUAUCA